AUGACCAUCUCUAUUAGUAAAGUGGCUAUCAUCGGCGCCGGUGCCGGAGGGCUUGUCACUUUGAACGAGUUUCUUCACACCUCCAAGUCUGGAAGAUCUACUAUCACAAAGGAUCAAGAACGUCAUGAGCUUCCGGAAGAGCCAGCCUUUGAGGAGGUGGUGGUUUUUGAGCAGAAUGAUACCAUUGGUGGAGUCUGGAACUACACCGAAACUGCAGACGAAGGGUUCCCCGAAACAGUGAAGGAGUAUUACUCCCCAUUGGGAAUAAGACCUCCUAGAAGCCCACCAACCGAUCUCGAGAACACCAGUAACGCCAAGCCUGUUGAAGUGAAGGCCAAGAAAACAUAUCAAUGGAACACAAGUGGGGUUUAUGAGAAUCUUUACACUAACGUUCCAAUUGAGACCAUGCGUUUCUCAUCAGGAGCACAUGUCAAGAGCGGAAUCGGGUGUAACGUGAAUCCAUUUGUGAUGCACCACCAUGUUCUUGACUAUCUCAAGGAGUUCGCCGAGACUAACGACUUGAAGAAGUAUAUCCGGUUCAGAUCUUCGAUUGAGCAAAUGUACAAAGAAGAAAAGACCGGAAAAUGGGUGCUGACUGUUGUUCAAACCGUUGACGGUGUUGAGAGAUGGUAUCAAGAAAAGUUUGACGCUGUUGUUGUUGCUGUUGGAAAGUUCAACAUUCCAUUUUUUGCAGAAAUAGAUGGACUUCCAAAUUAUGCAAUUAAGCACAAGAAUGUCAAACACGCAAAGAGCUACAGAAAGUCCAAAGACUACAAGGACAAGAGGAUCUUGAUUGUUGGAGCCCAUGUGAGUGCAAUUGAUAUGCUUCAGUACCUGGUCUCUCAGUGUAAAGAAAUUCAUGUCAGUUUGAACAGUCCGUCGAUUGAGGAGUUCAAUCCAACGAACGACCCUGCCAAGGCUUGGAUCUGGAGUGUUUUGACCGAUCCUGCAUUUGGAGUUCACGUUCACCCAAAGAUCCAUCAUUUUGCAGAUGAUCACAUCGAGUUCUUCGACGGCGAGAAGGACAAUUUCGAUGAAGUCAUUCUUGCUACCGGAUACCACACCUACUAUCCAUUUUUGAACGUUCCUCAGAACGAAGGUAAAGAGUACGUCAAGAUCUCUCCUGUGUCUGACAAAGACCCCCACACCCAACAGUCGAUUGUCAACAAUCUUUAUUUAUAUACCUUUGCUAUUGGAGAUCCAACUGUUUGUCACAUUGGACUUCCACGGACACCACUUUUCUUCCUCCUUUCUGAGGUGAGCGCGAUCGCGAUCGCUGGUGUUUGGUCAAAGGCCAAGUCUUUACCAAGUCAGGAACAACAAAGACAAUGGGUUAAGGACUUUGAAACGGCUAAGAUUGCUGGAGCUCCCGUCAUCCUGGGAGAUCAAUCUUUAGAGCUUUACAAUACUAUCCACAGCUUGGGUCCGAAGGAUCGAUAUAACUUCUUUGACCACCACAGCAAUGUGGACUUUCUGGCCAUCAAGCAGCUGCAAAAGUCGUUCUUUUACAAAGUUAUUCGUGGAGAGAUCAAAUUACCAGCAGCAGCUGAAUAG